AUGUCCGGUGCGGAAAACGAACGACCAUCCUCGUCGACUGUCAACCGGACAGAAGCGACAACGUCCGAGCAAGAUGUAGAUAUGGAUCUCGGCCCCUCACAGAACGAAGACACGAUCAAGGCCGACGGUACCGCUCCGACUUCUUCCACCUCUGCAUCGAGCGAGAAAAAUUCUCAGCUCCACGAAUCCCGCCCGUCGCACGACCUCCCCUCUAUUGACGACCAGGUCGCACAUGUUACUCGCUACAUGAUGCUGCCUUUACAGGAGAAGCAGAAGGGCUAUCUGGUGUCGUCAUCCUGGCUAACAAGGGUGCUCUCUCGGAGCUCUACACACGGGGAUAAAGUGGAUAAGACGGCUGCUGAGGGGGAAAUCGGUCCCGUGGAUAACUCGGACCUUGUUCUCGACACCGAUCCUUCCACAUCCUUCAAGGACGAAGGAGGCCAGCCCUUCGUUCCCUUGCGUCCCGGCUUACAGAUUGGCGAAGAUUAUGAGAUUGUGCCGGAGGAAGGAUGGGAUUUGAUAAUGAAGUGGUAUGGCUUGGCGAAACAGUCCACGGCCAUUGUUCGUUAUGCACACAAUACGAAUGUGGGCGGACAGGCGGAGAAUAUCCAAUACGAGGUCAACCCUCCGAUUUUCACCAUCCUCAAGCUUUCCAAUCCAGCCUCGGGGAUGACUCCGCAGACUCUGAAGGAUAAAAACGCGCAGCCUGUCAAGGUCUUAGCGAGCAGGCAUACGAACUUCCAGAAAUGGUUGAAAGAAGCCAAAGAACUGGCCAAUAUUGACAUUUCGACUAAGGUCCGCGUUUGGAGGAUUUUGGGCGGUCUAGGCAGUGCAGUCGCCACCCCUGCUGCGUCGAGGAACCGCUCGCCCGCACCGGCUGCCUCUAUGGUUGCAAGCGCCGGGGGCAGCCUUGUGUUGGACCCAAACACUUUUCUCUCUCUUUCCGAGGGCCCCCAACGGGAGCUUCUAGAGGAAGCUAAGGAUCAGACUGCCAAUCCCAACUACAACGGUCGGAUGACUCUGGAACUGGCCGGUCUUGGGGGAAGUGACGUUAUUGUCCUCGAAGAACGCACUGGAGAUGGGCAGUGGGUGUCCGAUGCCUCCAAGCAGACGCUCAACCGUCUCGGCGUUCCUGUCGGCAACAUGAAAAAUGGGGUCUCGGGCAAGCUGAAAUCCAAGAGUCCCACUGCCAGCGGUCGUUCGUCGCCUGUUAUGGAGCCUAUAAGAGGUAGACGUAAGGAUGGAAAGCCUAGAGGCUGCACUGGGCUGAGCAACCUGGGGAAUACCUGCUAUAUGAACUCCGCCUUACAGUGCGUACGGAGCGUGGAGGAACUCUCCUAUUAUUUCCUUAAUAAUGUUUACAAGAGAGAUCUCAAUCCUAGCAAUCCACUUUCCCACAAUGGAGAUGUGGCAAAGGCAUACGCAAACCUUUUGCACAUGAUUUAUGACGAAGCCGGCCAAUCCUCCUUCUCUCCGCGCCAGCUCAAACAGACGGUCGGCCGUUACGGGUCGGCCUUCUCUGGAUACGGGCAGCAAGACUCCCAGGAGUUCCUCCUGUUCCUUCUUGAUGGACUGCAGGAGGACUUGAAUAGGAUUCAGAAGAAGCCGUAUAUCGAAAAGCCGGACUCUACGGAUGAAAUGGUUCAUGAUAAAAAGGCUCUGAGCGAAUUUGCCGAUAGAUGCUGGGACAUCUACAAGGCACGCAAUGACUCCGUAAUUACCGAUCUUUUCGCUGGCAUGUACAAGUCAACACUGGUCUGCCCCGUCUGCGAAAAGGUCAGCAUCAUUUUCGAUCCCUUCAACAAUUUGACUCUCCAGAUCCCAAUCGAGAAUAUCUGGAGCAAGGAGAUCUUUUAUUUCCCCCUGCACGAGAAACCGGUCAUCGUUAGUGUUGAGAUUGACAAGAAUGCCAGCAUCAAGUCCCUCAAGGAAAUAGUGGCGAAGAAGAUGGGAUCUGACCUCCAGAAACUUAUUAUGUCCGAGAUCUAUAAGUGCAAGUUCUACAGGAUGUUUGACAACUCUUCUUCGAUUGCCGAUUGUCAGAUUCAUGCGAACGAUGAAGUUGCCAUCUUCGAGGUGGAGUCUGUUCCCACCAACUAUGACUCAGACAAGCCUAAGCGGAACGUAUCGGCGCUCACGUUCAGUCCCGCAGCAGAGGAAAUCCCUAGCUUCGAUUCUCCCAAAGCAGAUCGAAUGCUUGUGCCAAUAUUUCACCGGGUUUUGCACCCGAAGAGCAGCAACAAAUACACCCAAAGGCAACUUUUCGGUGCACCGUCGUACACGAUCAUCACUCGGGAAGAGGCGAAAGAUUAUGACGGGAUUCUCUCCAAAGUUUUGUCCGAAGUUGACAGGUUGACUACUCGGGAUCUCCUCAAUGAAGGAGGUUUGAUGAGAGACAAUCAUGACGCCGGUACCGAGGACUCGGAUACGGUGAUCAUGAAUGACGAUGAUGCCCAGUCCGCUGAUUCGAAGAUCAAGACCUCAUCCGUGGAGGAUGAAGAUGGACUCGUCGAUAUCUCCAUGCGCGAUGCGUCGGAUGAUGUUAAUGCUGGCAGCACCCCUGCCACACAUACGGGUUCCGUUAUCCCACCAGGUCUCCGCAAUCUUUUCGAAAUGAAGAUAAUACGAUCCAAUGAGGUCGUUCCAACUGGCUGGUCCGCAAUUGAAGAGACAAAGAAUUAUCCAUCAAUAUCUUCCCGUUUAAAGCGCAAGCCUGUUGCCGAGCGUAAGCGUAAUAAGACAAAGAAGGGCCGAUUUACGGCUGCUCGAGCUAGUCCGGUUAGCAGCGAGGAUGAGCUUCAGGCCACCACGCAGGUCAACGUGAAUGAGAUGAAGACCAGCGACGACUCGGAUGGAGACAGGAGUCAGAGCCGCCGAGGAAGCGGAUCUGACAGUGAUUCUGAUAUGUACUCUGAUGUCGAUCAAGCUCGACCCAACGGAAGGGGUCAGAAAAGUAUGACAAGGUCCGAAGAGCCACUGGUCCGUCCUGGUGAGGGUAUCCUGCUUGACUGGACUGAGGAAGCACAUGACGCUCUCUUUGGAGGGGAUGCGAAACGCAAUGAUUCCCUCCGCGGAACACCCACAUGGGUCGGAGUUGAGCAUGUCCCAGACCCUGAGUUGAGCAGACGACGAGCGCUCCGUAUGAACAAGAAGAAGAGGGGUGUCAGUCUGAACGAGUGUCUUGACGAAUUUAACAAAGAAGAGAUCCUGUCCGAGAAUGAUGCGUGGUAUUGUCCUCGUUGCAAGGAACACCGCAGAGCAAGCAAGAAAUUCGAGCUAUGGAAGACGCCCGACAUUCUCGUUAUGCACCUGAAAAGGUUCAGCGCUAGCCGCGGUUUCCGAGACAAGAUCGACGUUCUGGUGGAUUUCCCAGUUGAGGGAUUAGAUCUGACCGGCAGGGUGGAGGCCCCCGAGGAAGGUAAGAGUCUGGUUUAUGACCUCUUCGCGGUAGACAAUCAUUACGGUGGUCUGGGGGGUGGCCACUACACCGCAUAUGCGAAGAAUUUUAUCACAAACGACUGGUACGAAUAUAAUGAUUCUUUGGUUUCCAAGGUGACCGAUCCUCAGAGUGUGGUUACCUCUGCCGCUUACCUGCUAUUUUACCGUCGUCGUUCCGAACAUCCUCUGGGUGGCAGGAUUCUCCAAGAGAUCACAGAAUCAAGCACCCGAGCGAUGACAGACAGCGCGGACUCACAGGAUGAGUCCCAGGGGGGAUCAUCUGCGUCAGCCCCCUCGGGGGAAGGGCGGCGUCUCGGCGGCUCCUCCCGCAAUGGGUCGUCGAGCGCUUUAACCGGAGUCGGAGCAGCUCACCAAGCGGGAGUUGGUGGUUUGCGAAUCGGGGCUCAGGCGAGGACCCAGGGCAACAAUGAUGAGGAGUUGCCUCCAGACUACUCCCAUGAUCCUUCGUCUGGGGAGCGAAGCCUGGUGAAGACAGAUCGACAGGAAGGUAUGGACUUCGAUGAAAGCGGGGCAGAGACGAACUCCAAUCCGUUUCGCUUCUCCAGCGGUCCCUCAUGGUCAUUCGACCGAGUCAUGGAUGCUCACGGCGCUUCGCAGAUGAUGGUAGCACCUCCGGGAUCCUACUCUGAAGGAGUAGAUGAUGAUCUCUUCGACGAUGUCGCGAGCAACAAAGCAGACGGCGGAGGGGACCUUAGUGAUUCCGAUCUCCGUCUCGCUGCCCUCGACGACAGCCCCGACGGUACAGGUACCGAGUACCCAAGGACGUCCUUUGACGACACUCCGAUCCAAGAUAUUCCUCCGCCGUUGAAUGAUGAUGAUGAUGAGCUUCCUGUUGUGGAAUUACGAGUGAACGACGAAGAUAAGAUCGUCUCUGAUUGA